AUGAUAUCUCCAAAAUUUUCAUCUACUGUUAAACAAGCUAAUCCCGAUGGAAAAAUAUUUCAAAAAAGUGGUCUCCCUAACGAUAAGACUAAGGACAAUUCUACCAAUAGUCAACCCAUACAUAAGGAUAAAAAUAAUGAUUCGACAUCAGUAAUAACGUCUCCAAUAUUGAGAAACUCUGUGAGUCCUACUCCUUCACAAACUAAAUCGAUUAUGAAUGCAAGUGGUACAUCAGGUGCAGUGGUAAAUAACACUCCAGAGACAGGUUUGAAGAGAAUCCCCGCUGUAACAUUUAGUGAGUCAAGUAUUAAGCCUUCUCAAUCACAACCCGGUAUGAAUGAUAAUCUUAACAAUACAUCUCCAAAUGGUGGCAUACAUGUGACGUCUCCAACAGAACUACAAAGAACCAACAUAUCUAAUAAAAUACCGAUAAAGGGUAAGUCUGGCAGUCCAGAACAAGAUGGGAUGAAAUCACCUUCUACAAUGAAACCUAUUAAAGAAGGUACGACGAUUAAAAUAGGUGAUGAUCAUAACCGAAUCCCUAGCAAUAAUAAUGUUAUAAAGAAGAAUGAUAGUAGUAGUAAUUUAGGAAAUAGAAAUAAUUUGAAAAACAUAAAUACAAAAAUUUUAUUUGAUCAAGAUGCUCCAUUGACGAUAUCUAGUCCGUCAUCAAUAUUAUCAACUUCAGAAAGUGGAAUCCAUAAUACUUUAUCGUUAAAUUUUUCAGAUGUUAAACCGCAACAAAAUAAAGACCAUCCUCAUUUUUUCGUUGAAGAUCCAUUACAUACCCCAACGAUGAGCAUUAGUAAUAGGUCAAGAUCUUGUUCCAAUAGUAGUGUUCAUAGUGGCAAUGUUACAAUUGGUUCAAUAGGUGCAAAAAGUAUUGGAAGUAUAAUAAACGAUGCCAAUACAAAUGCUACUACCAAGGCAACUACAAAUAGAUUGAAUAGCAAUUCUGGUGGCUUAAAGUCAUUAGAAUCUGUACUAGAGGACAAACUCUUAAAUACUUCAACCACUGCAAGUGGUGCUGCUGGAAUUUCUACGACUACGGCAGCAUCAGCAGUUAAUCCAACCGAUGGAAAGCCAAUUAUAUCCAGUCAAAACAAUUCGACUACAGCUUUAUCUCGAACCCCAUCCUCUUCCAUGAUUAAUGUUAGUGGGGGCGCUUCUACUCUUCCAUUAUCUUUAAAUAUACCCAAGAGAGAAACAGGUAAGAAUGUUGAUCCACGUUUGCCCCAAGAUGAUGGUAAGUUACAUGUUUUAUUUGGUGCCACUGGGUCCUUAUCAGUAUUCAAGAUUAAACCUAUGAUUAAGAAAUUAGAAGAGAUAUAUGGUAAAGAUCGUAUAGUAAUUCAAGUGAUCUUAACAGAAUCUGCUACAAAAUUUUUCACACAAAGAUAUAUGAAGAAAAUCAAUAAGAAAAAUUUAAACCAGAUAAUUACUAAUGCUAAUGGAGAUAUAGUGAUGAAUAAUGUCGUGAUGGAUAGAAGUAAUACAUUGGUAUCCACUGCAACAAAUGGUGGCGGCAAUGACAUUAUAUCACAAACCGCUACACCAUUAGAUGCUAAUAGUCCAAAUAUCGGUCUUGUUCCGGAAACCAACAAUAAUACCAACAAGAAUAUAUUUCAACAAAUUGAAUUACCACCACAUAUUCAAAUAUGGAGAGAUCAAGAUGAAUGGGAUGCAUGGAAACAACGUACGGAUCCUGUUUUACAUAUUGAAUUAAGACGCUGGGCAGAUAUUCUGGUGGUAGCACCUUUAACAGCUAAUACAUUAACUAAGAUUGCAUUAGGUCUUUGUGAUAAUUUAUUAACAAGUGUGAUUCGUGCUUGGAAUCCAAGUUUCCCAAUUUUUUUGGCACCAUCUAUGGUUAGUAGUAUAUACAAUUCGGUGAUGACAAAGAAACAAUUGAAUAUUAUUAAAGAUGAAAUGUCGUGGAUUACAGUCUUUCAACCAAGUGAAAAAGUGAUGGGAAUCAAUGGAGAUAUAGGUCUUGGAGGGAUGAUGGAUGCUAAUGAAAUUGUUGAUAAGAUUGUUAUGAAACUUGGUGGAUACCCUAAGGAUGAAGACGAGGAUGAAGACGAGGAUGAGGAUGAAGACGAGGAUGAUAGUGAGGAUGAAGAAGAAAAGAAGAAACAAGAAGGAAAGAGUAAUGAGACCGAAACAGAAGAUGACGAUGACGAUGACGAUGACGAUGACGAUGACGAUGACGAUGACGAUGACGAUGACGAUGACGAUGACGAUGACGAUGACGACGACGAAGAAGAGGCGGAUAAUGAAAUACAACCUCAACAAAAUUAG